CGCCGCAAUGGAGCGGAAGCUUGCAGAUUUUAGGGCCCGGCGACAGGCCAAAAAGGGUUCCAGCAAGGAGCGCUCGGCCGCCGCCGCCGCCCCCGCCGCGAACGUAAACGCGACCCCGGCUGUCACUCCGCAGACUGUGCAAAACUCAGACCCCAACCCCCUACAAGAGCGUUCGAGGGACUGGAUGGUGGACAGCUCGUGGGGGAGAUGGCUGUCAAGGAAAUACGAGUUCUCCAACAUCACCCUGCUAAAAGUCCUCCUCUGGGUGGUCCUGCUCGGCUUUUUCGUGGAACUGGAGUUCGGCUUUGCCUUCUUCGUCUUCUCUCUCUUCUACUGGCUGUACGAGGGACUGCGCGACCCGAUCGAAAGGGAGCCCGGGGAGAUGAGCGCCUACUCCGUCUUCAAUCCGGACUGUCAGCCGCUGCUCGGCACCCUCACCGCCGAGCAGAUGGAGGCUGAGAUGGGCUACAGAGGUCUUGCGAACCGAUGAAAUGCCAGUAAAUCUUAUGUGAAUCCUCACAACGAAUAAUUAAUUCCUGUGUAUUAUCUGUCAUUAAAUGUCAUGUUUAUUUCCUUUACUGUUUCACAUUUGAGGGAAUGUGCGUGGAAGAUGUUAGUAGUGAGGUUCUGGGUUCCAAUUAAUGACACUGGGUUAAAUAAAACUUUCAAUUGGUUGUCGGUGUAAAUUGUGUGCUUUUACAGACGUCUCAGUGUAAUUUACAGAUUUGUUAUGUUUUGGUUUUUUUCACGGAAAGGCCAAUAAAACAUUUUCGUAGAAGGAA